GAUAUGCCAAUCGGUACGGAUCCGAUUUCGAAAAAUUGGAAAAAAAUUUUCUCCGAACGGAUACCUCGAUAUUGCUGUUUAUUCUGAAUCAAUUUCUUAGAAAAGUGACCAACCUGCAAAAAACUGGGAUACCUAGAUUAACCUCAUUUCCACACAUUUCCAAUCUUCAGCUUUAGCAUUUAAGUUUAAAAAAAAACUCUGCUUAACGUCAAUCCAUAUUGCCACUCAAAUUAUCCGAUAUAUUUUUCAAAGCAAAAAUUCAAUAUCUAUACCAUUUUGGAUAAACAGUUGUCUAAACUUUUUAUAUUUACUUUCAAUACUCGGUGCGGAAAAAAUUACCUAAAUCAUCAGUUUAUCUGGAUCGACAGUUCGACACUGCCUCAGCACUGGUUCCGAUAAAAAGUAAGCACAAUGAAUUUUUCCAAAUACUUUGUCUUUGUAGCUGCCGCUGUUCUAGUAGUAUUUGCUAGACAAUCGCAAGCUGGUAUUCUCAGCACUGUUGGUGGAGCACUCGCAACUAUUGGCAGUGCUGCCGUUAAUAUUGUAGAUACUGGACUAUCUGCAUUCGUACAAUCAUUUGAAGAAGCUCUUGCCGAAGGAAGACAACACCGAAAUACAAUUAAGGCCAAGGAAAAUCUUGAGGCUGAAUUUUCUAAGUCAAAUGGCAACACUGCUGACGUAAUUAUUGCCAAGGGAUUCAUUCCUGUUAUCGAUGAUGUGGCAGCAUCUGUAGACACUCUCUACGAUGCCUUGAAAGAAGCACAAGAGAGCAACAACAGAGUGGCACCAGAUGAGAUCGAAAAGAAACUUGGAGCUGCUUUUGAUGCAGCAAAUGAAUUGAUUGUUAGUGCUGGAGCUAGGGCAUUCAAUGUUCUUGGAGCAGCAACAGUUGAAUCCAAACCCGGUGCUACCAAAGGCUUGAAUCUAGCUACUCUCUAUAUUCAAUACGCCGGAGAUCAAUCAUUUGUUGGUUAUGGUAGUGCCAGGAGUCUUGCAAUGCAGGGAUUACAAGCUCAAGGAGAUGCUGAUGAACAAGCUCUAGUAGCAGCUGUCAAAGCAAUUCAAAUGGUUGAAAAAUUAGCUUACCAAUUAAUCGCUCAGGCUGUGCAAACCGCAUACGCAGCUCUUGCCAACGAAUCAGCACCAGCUGUAGAAGAUGCUAAACUUUUAGCCGACAGAGAAUCUGCCGCUGAAGGAAGUCCCAAAUGCCAAAAUGCCAUCAAGGCUAUCGAAGAAGCAGCUGACAAAGCUUUAGCAGCAGUUAUAAAUCCAGCUGCACGUCAAGCUAUCUUGUAUACACGUAAUGGACUUAUUACAUUAUGUAAAAUUAUUGCAUCUGCUGGACAACCUGGCUACAAUGCAGCUCUUCAAGCAAGGAAUAUUGAUGAUAAGGAUGCUGCCACUAAGACAAUUAAAGAUGGUUGCGAAGAGAGCAGGAAGAUUUGUUUUGUUGCAGUUUCAACUGGUCAACAAAAUUUGGGAGCUGCUGCUCAUCUUGCUGGAGAAAAGGCCGUCAUGCCCCUAAUCAACGCUAUGAUACUUUUAGAAAAGGCUCGAACUGAUCUUCUUAAUGGAAUUGAUAAUGCUGCGAUAUUGGGAACAAUGGCAAUUAGAACUGAUUUGAAAGAUAUUGGUCUUAGAGCUGCAUACGAUGCUAUUGCCACAGCUGGUUUCUCUGGAUAUUCUUAUGCUGUACAAAGUGCCAAUGUUGCAUUCGAUGCAAUUCUUGCAGCCUAAGAAUAUUUUUUUUUUAAUAUUUUUGAUUUCUUUAAUGAAUU